CCAGCGAAACAUUGCCUACUGAGUCGAUUGUCCUGUCACAGGAUUUCUUUUGCUCUCUCUGGUCUUUUCUGUUUGUCACUGUGCUGUCUCUUCUGUGUAAUGUGAGUGGAGUGUGGACGUGGCGUCCCAGUGUGUAUGUGCAUAUGGCAUGUGAUGGCUCCUACACGGUGUUUAUCGUCCCUCUGCAGAACAGCCUGUACAGCUCAGAUGCGCUGCGAUACUUCCACUGGCUGAAGAAACUGCGUGCUCUGGAGAGAGAGAAAGACAGUCUAUGGAGUGGGCUGCAGGUCCUGGAACAGGCUCGGUUCUGGUAUCAACACCAGCUUGAUCACGUUUCCCAGAGGCAUGCAAGGAUGGACACAAGAGAACAUGAUGAGGAAGAUGAGGGCCGGUCGUGUGCGUUACGCUCCUUUAUGCAGCGUGUGAACGGAAGUCUGGGCAGUUUGCUGAACAAUGCAUAUGUGUGUAGUGUGGCCCCUGAUGAGAAGGACGGUUCGGACUGGUAUUUGCGCUGGAAAAAUGCCACACUCACCCAGAUCAUCAGGGAAUCUGGACACUGCAUGUUUUUGCUGCCAACACACCUGAGCCAAUCAAUCAUGGGAGGUGAGUCAGAAGAAUAGCAGGAUUUCUAUGUUGGAGUUUGAGAAAGAGAUACUCAUUCAACAACAGGAUAGAAUACACUACUUCUGAGGCCACACACACACACACACACACACACACACACACACACACACACACACACACACACACACACACACACACACACACACACACACACACACACACACACACACAGAGAUAUACAA